AGGAGAAAGAUGUGUGUGCUGCUGACAGACCCUCGUCUCUUCAUCUGAUCUCUGCUCAGAAUGCAGGCGCUCUCCACGGACACUUCGGGGGAAACUUUCAAGAAGAUGAGGCUGGAAAAUAUGAAGAACGAGAAGUUUCAGUGCUUCUCUGAUUACGACAGAGACGCACCGACAGCAGCUUUGGUUGACACUCAGGAUCAACGAAACAAGAAGAAGAAAAGCAUGAAGUCCAGCAGACCUGCAGGAGCAGAAGGCGAAGCGGCGAGACACGUCGGAGUAGAUCUUCAAGGAUAUGACCUAUGGAAGAGAUUUCAUGAGAUCGGCACAGAGAUGAUCAUUACCAAAGCUGGGAGGAGAAUGUUCCCCUCUGUCCGAGUCAAAGUCCACAACCUGGAUCCUGACCAGCAGUACUCCAUUGCCAUGGACAUCGUUCCUGUGGACUCAAAGAGAUACAGGUAUGUGUAUCACAGCUCUCAGUGGAUGGUGUCUGGAAACACCGAUCAGUCCUGCGUCGCUCCUCGUCUGUGUGUCCACCCGGACUCGCCGUCGUCGGGACAGACCUGGAUGAGACAGCUCAUCAGCUUCGAUCGUGUCAAACUCACCAACAAUGAGAUGGACGACAAAGGCCACAUAAUCCUGAAGUCCAUGCACAAGUACAGGCCACGCAUCCACGUCGUUCAGCACAGAGCUGGCGAAGGCCUGUCCGAGACUCUGCCAGCGGACGGCGUCCACAGCUUCUCCUUCUCUGAGACUCAGUUCACCACGGUCACCGCCUACCAGAACCAGCAGAUAACAAAACUGAAGAUCGACAGGAAUCCUUUUGCCAAGGGCUUCAGGGAACGAAAUGGCGUGCCGGAUGGGAUGCUGGAGUCGUACGCGUGGCCCAGUCCUUUAAACCUGGACUUCAGAUCGUUUGCUGUGGAGCUGCAGGGCAGGUGUGGUGGAUCUCCAGCAGCUGUUCCCGUCACGUUCUCCAGGCCUCCGUGCUGCAGCAGCGUUCUCUCUUACAGAACCUUCUGCAGCAUCUGUCUGGGCAGACUCUGCGCUUACGGCGCCCUCCAGCCCGUGUUAGACCUGUCCUUCACGAAAGCAGAGCGCUGGCUCCAGGACUCUGGCUUCAGAAGUGCUUCGGCUGGAUGGGGUCGAGCUCAGAAAGACGACAGAGAGCCAGGCUUUGCGUCUCCCUACAUCUACAGGUUCCCCCGCUUCUCUUCUGUUACUCGUCACCUGAAGCAGACUCCUGCUGAGAGUCUGUUCACUAACCGGCCCUGACACCAGACACGCGCUCUAGUGAGGGCACUCGUUCCUGACCCGAGGACCAUCCACUCACACAGAAACUGAAACCUACUUCCUCACAGUGUGUGAAUAGUACCA